UUUAUCAAGCAACUUUCUCUGCUCUAUCUCUCUCUCUCACAGAAGAACUUGAAAAGUUUUCCAUAUUCAAAAAAAACAAAAUGGAAAUGGGUAUGAUUUCAAAAGACUCGACUUGGUGGGUAUUCACAAUCCCAGCCUUUCUAGGAACUGAGAAUCUCUUCGACAGUUUCAUCAUCUUCUCACUUAUUCUCACUGUCAUUUCUGUUUCUCUGCUCACUUGGUAUUUCUCUGUUGGUGGUAUCGCUUGGAAAAAUGGUAGAAACCAGCUUGGUACUAAACCUAUCCCUGGUCCUCGUGGGCUUCCUAUCUUUGGAAGCUUGUUUACUCUGAGUCACAACUCUUUAGCUCAUAGAACACUAGCUAAACUGUCUUCAUCUUUCAAAGCUAAUCAGUUGAUGGCUUUCAGUCUUGGCUCUACACCUGUAGUUGUUGCUUCUGAUCCAACAAUUGCUCGUGAGAUUUUAACUUCUGCAAGCUUUGCUGAUCGUCCUGUCAAACAAUCUGCUAGAAACCUUAUGUUCACUAGAGCCAUUGGUUUUGCUCCUAAUGGUACCUACUGGAGACUUUUACGUCGUAUUGCUUCAUCUCAUUUGUUUGCUCCUAAGAGAAUCUCAGCUCAUGAACAAGGUCGUCAGCAAGACUGUGAAGCAAUGUUGAACUCUAUUACUAACGAACAAUCAUCACUAGGGUUUGUUACUUUGAGAAAACAUCUUCAAAAUGCUGCUUUGAAUAAUAUCAUGGGAAGUGUGUUUGGCAAAAGGUAUAAUAUCAUGGAUGAAGAGAAUACAGAAAGCCAAGAGCUUAAAGAAAUGGUUCAAGAAGGAUUCGAGCUGUUGGGUGCUUUCAACUGGUCUGAUUAUCUUCCUUGGUUGAGCUACUUCUAUGAUCCCUUCCACAUCAGUGAACGCUGCUCAGCUCUAGUCCCUCGUGUUCGCGCACUUGUUCGUGGAAUUAUUGAUGAGCACAGAGCUAGAAACAAUGACAAGUUGUCCGAUAACGCUGAUUUCGUUGAUGUCUUGCUCUCCUUGGAUGGUGAUGAGAAGCUUAACGAAGAUGACAUGGUUGCUGUUCUUUGGGAAAUGAUCUUCAGAGGAACUGAUACAACAGCAUUGCUAACUGAAUGGGUCAUGGCGGAGUUGGUAUUGAACCCUGAAAUCCAGUCAAAGUUACAGUCUGAGUUAGAAAGAGUCGUUGGUAACAACAGCGUUACGGAUUCUGACGUUACAAAGCUUCCCUACCUCCAAGCUGUAGUCAAAGAAACGCUUAGGGUUCACCCACCUGGUCCACUUUUGUCAUGGGCAAGGUUGUCCACCUCAGAUGUGCAUCUCAGCAAUGGAAUGCUAAUCCCAUGUAACACCACAGCUAUGGUUAACAUGUGGGCCAUCACACAUGACUCAACUGUCUGGGACCAGCCUCUGGUCUUCAAGCCAGAAAGAUUUUUGCAAAGCGAAGGCGGUGCUCGUAUUGAUGUUAGAGGAAAUGACUUGAGACUUGCACCAUUUGGAGCUGGCCGUAGGGUUUGUCCUGGCAAAAACCUUGGCCUUGUUACUGUCAAUCUCUGGGUUGCUAAGCUGGUGCAGAGUUUCAACUGGGUUCAGGAUGAGAAAAAUCCAGUUGAUUUGACUGAGUUGCUGAAGCUUUCUUGUGAGAUGAAAACACCACUUGCUGCAAUUGCUGUUCCAAGAAGGCAUUAGGUCUGGGUGAUGUUGGGUUCUAGAGCUGUUCUUUUAAUCUAGGGUAUAUGAAAGUGAUGGAAAAGUCUCACUUGUGUCUUUUGGUCUUUUGAAGGUUUAGGACUUUGCUGUUUUUUUGUUCUUGUUUGGGAGGGGUUAUAUUAUACUAAUAUAAAC